CCUCCUACAUGAAAGAAAAUUGCUUCAUCUGGUGAAUCUUUAAUGAAGCAAUAAAAUGCUGAAUGCGGAAUACUAGUAAAUGCUUUCUUUUAAAAAUAGCUGUGUGUUUUAUGGUUGAAGCUUAUCAGAAUACUAUAUAUUUCAGACACCUGGGUGGCUUACUUAGAUUGAGGUCUCGAAUUUCAAUUCAGGAUGAGUUACAAUCUGGCAGUGGAAGCUUCUUGUCCUACGCCAUAUGCGGCUUCCCAAUUUCUUUCCAUAAUUCUACUGUCUAUGGCUGGACAGAGGCACGCUCCUAAAACGACAAAUGAAAUAAAAAGCAGCUACGACUACAUCAUAGUGGGUGGUGGUUCAGCCGGAUCUGUGUUGGCGGCCCGUUUAUCUGAGAAACCUUGCGUGACGGUACUAUUACUCGAGGCUGGUAAAUCUCCGCCAAAGGUGUCGGAUAUCCCCGCUGUAGCCAAGAGUUUCAUCAAGUCGGACAUUGACUGGUUCUACAGCACCGCUCCACAAGAAUAUACUGGGGCUGGACUCAUAAACAGGGAAGUUGCUUGGCCUAGUGGAAAGACGCUGGGAGGUUCCAGUGUCAUUAAUGCGAUGCUGAAUGUGAGAGGCAACAAGAAGGAUUUCGAUGAUUGGGCUGCCCAAGGGGCGAGAGGCUGGAAUUACGAUAAAGUGCUUCCUUAUUUCAAGAAAUUAGAAGACAAUGCUAAUCCUGAAUACGUGAAAAAUGUUCUGGAUUCUAACGGCCCCACACAAACAGGUUUCUAUGAUUUGCAAGCAACCAUUCGCAGAGGCCAGCGUUGCAGUGCUGCAAAGGCCUAUUUAGUACCGAGUGACCAGAGAGAAAAUCUGGAUAUUGUCGCCGAGGCCUUUGUGAAGAAGAUAAUUAUCCAUAAUCAUCAAGCCCAAGGUGUGAUAUUCGAUUUUGAAGGCAAGGAACGCAAAGUGAGGGCUUUCAAGGAGGUCAUUCUCUCGGCUGGAACUGUGAAUUCUGCCCAGCUACUGAUGCUGUCCGGUAUUGGCCCUCAAGAAGAACUUGAAAAAUUUAACAUACCACUAGUGGCGGAUUUACCAGUCGGUCGUAAUUUACAAGAUCACUGCCUUGCGGUGUUACCGUAUGAAAUGAGUGAUAAACCAUUUGAGGAGAAGCAAAAAGACCAGUCAAGCAUUUGGGACUAUAUAGUUUCAAAAACAGGUCCGCUCACCUCCGCUCAAGGUGUAAAUACAAUAGCUUUCUUGGACAAGGAUGAGCCUAAAGCUCCUGGAGAUUAUCCUGAUUAUCAGCUGUACAUCUUCGAAGCAGCCACAGGUCCAGCAAAGACUCAACAAAACAUCAAACCAGAGUACUAUGAAGCCAUCUAUGGACCGUACGAGAACUCUUCUUUCUACUGCUGUGCCGCUCAGAUGUUGCAUCCAAAGGCAAGAGGAACAAUCACUCUUAAAUCUUCAGACCCUUAUGAUCCCCCGGUGAUUGAUCCCAAAUACUUCUCUCAUCCAGAAGAUAAGGAAAUAGUCACCAAAGGUAUGAAGAAAUGCCAUGAAAUUGCGAGUAGUGAACCACUGAAGAAGAUUGGUUCAAAGCCUUUUUCUACAGUCGUUCCUGGAUGUGAAGAUUAUAUAUACGAUGAUGAUAAAUAUUUCCGCUGCAUCGCCGAGUCAAUUGUUGUCACACUGAAUCACCAAGUAGGAACAGCGAAGAUGGGCAAUCCGAAAGAUACAUCAACAGUAGUAGAUCCAGAAUUGCGAGUGAAAAUGGUUCAUAAUCUUCGUGUCGUGGAUGCAUCUGUCAUGCCUCUGAUCACAAGUGGAAACACUAACGUCCCAACUAUGAUGGUUGCUGAGAAGGCUUCAGAUAUCAUCAAGCAGAAUAUUCAUUGUGAAACGGAAUAUGGUGGAUGGAACCCGAAAACCUUUUGGGGAACGUUGCAUCAGUAUUUCAAAUAAGAUUAUUAUCUACAGAAAAUGGCUGCACGAGUGUCGCUUUGUCUGUCAGAUAUAGAUUUAUAUAAUAAAAUAAGCUU